AUGAAUUGUUCCGUCUGUUCAGAUCUGCUACAAGUACAUCCCAGUUUGUUGAAUGAUCAGGUCACGGCUGUGCUCGAGGUAGUUCACAUGUACUCAUACAAGCUUUCGUUUAGAACAGGAAUAUCAAUGGACCUUCUUCUUUAAACAGUGGGAAACUGCUUGAGCUGAUUGCCAACUCUUCUGGUCCUCUAGAUGUUCCGAUUUGUAAAGUUAGUUGUUUGUUUUGUAACGUUACGGCAAUGAAGGAAUAGUUUAUUUAACAAUUCUAAAGGACUUUAUGCAAAAAUACAUGAAAAUAUUGAUAAAUUUACAAAAAUGGAUAAUAAUGUACGUUAUCUUUUAGGUAUGUUGCAAUUCAAUAUCAGAAGACUUGGAAAAACAGUUAACGGAGAUGGAUAAAGAAUAUCUGGAACACAAGAAUGUCUACGAAAGCCUUCUAGAGCAAAAGGAGUCAAGUAAGGUUGAUGAACAGACAGUACGACGACAGUUAGAAGACCUUUCUGUAAGUUACCUCUUUUGUUAUCGUAAUUUGAGUUUAGAGAGAAGAAAGUGAACUGAUGGAAGAGUUGAAUGGGCUACUGAAAAGCGAAGUUGACCUCACCAAAGAACUGAAGGAUAAACAAGAUGAACAGAAGAAAAUGAUAGAGAAAGACGAGGAGUUGUACAGAAAACUGCGCGACAAUCACAGGUUUGUAUUUUACUUUGUUAUUAUGUUUUCGACAGAUUUUAGGUAACAGUUUAACUAAAAAUGUCUUUAUAAUAAUUUACUUGUUUUAGGACUUUGAGUGAACAAUCAGCUGAGAAAAGAAGCCUGAAGACACAGAUAGCGUAUGCUGAAGAGCAACUAAAUAAGCUGACCAAGACUAAUGUUCUCGAUAUGGCGUUUUUUAUUUGGAAGGAUGGCGAAUAUGGCACAAUAAAUGGCCUCAGGCUUGGCCGACUACCUGCUGACAACGUAGAUUGGCACGAAAUCAAUGCCGCUUUUGGGCAAGCAGCUAUGUUGAUGGUGGUGAGUCUUUUUCCUUUCUUUUUUAUUUUUAGGUAACAAAUUUUAUCUUUAUUAACAAAAGGUUAUUGUUAAAAGUGCUGUUAUUGUUAUUUUCAAUAAUCAGACGAUUCUGCUAUAAAUGCAAAACACAAGUUGUUUAGUUUCGAAUUUCAAAUGUUAUCAGAAGUCUUUUUACAGUAUUCGCCCAUUAUUUUGUUUUAAACCGACUUAAUGUUAAUCAAGGUCAUUUCUUUUUAGGUAAUGUGCAGGCAUGUUAAUCUCAAGUUGGAGAAUUAUGAGAUUGUGCCAUUUGGGUCGCACUCCAUUAUCAGACAUUUCAAGGGCAACAAGACUGAAGAGUACCAAUUAUACGGUAGUGGGUCAUGGAGACCUUUUGGAUUGUCUACUUUGGAUCACGGAAUUGUGGCGUUAGUCGAUUGUUUCUGUCAGUUGGAGAACAAGUUGAAGGAGAAGUUCCCGAAGGUAGGUGGCUUUAUCUUGUUAUUAGCUUUUACAGUUUUUGAUUUAAAUAUGCAUGAUAUGGUCAGGUGAUUUUAGUACUUUCUGAACGCACUCCAAGGUUACCUAGACGUAAACAACAUAUUGGUAUAAGAAUUUUGAUUCAGUUACUAAAAGACGAUGUUUAAAUGACCAUUGUCUGCAAACCAUUACUUGUUUGUUGAUUUCCAAAAAACAGGUGUUUGCUUAGUCUUAUAGUUUAUAUUUUAGUAUGAAUUGUUUCAGGCCGAACGCAUUUUGCCGUAUCGGAUGGUAAAGGACAAGAUAAUCGACCAAGAAUCCCAGUAUCUGGUCAAGAUGCAGUUGAAUUCAGAAGAACGAUGGACAAAAGCCAUGAAGUGUUUGUUGUUGAACAUGAAAAGAGUUGUGGGCAUUCUGGCUAGCAACAGAGUGGCCUUAGAGGAUAUCAAGAGCGGACAAUGA